AUGAAGGGGCCAUUCAGACACAGCCCGCCUCUCAAAACGAAGUGGCCAUUCAGAAACAACCUGCUCCUCCUGCUCAAGACCAAGGAGCCAUUAAGACACAAGCUGCUCCUCCUGCUCCGCCUCAGUUUCGGCUUCGGCCUCCUUCUCCUCCUUCUCCUCUUCUUCCUCAAAAUCAAAGGGCCCUUCAAAGUCAACAUGCCCCCGGCAAUACCUCUACUGAGAGUGUGCCUUACAGCUACGACAAGGAAGAACAGAAGCGGAUCUGGAAAAACCGCUGCCUCAUCUGCGGAAGAGCCCCUCACAACCACUGGAAACACUGCGAGCGUGAAUGCUACCAUUGUCGGGAACAUCUAG